GGAAGACCAGUCCAACAGAAAUCCAUGUGGUAAGGUGGAGCGUAUAAGCUCGUGAUGAAUUCAACACAGUCAGGUUCCCUCUCCAAUGGGGAGAUUUGGCGUCUCUUAAUUCUCACGGGGAUCUGCAUUGCCAUACUCGCCAACGCUUUCCAAGAUGACGGCGCGCCCUUGGUGGCAUCCGCUGCCUGUAGUGGAAUUGCAUAUGUCGUGACAUUCAGCAUGAUCAGAUGGUUAGGUCCGGUCUUCAUGAAAGCCGGGCUGAAGGGAAGGGACAUGGCCAAGCCAAGACGACCCGAAAUACCAGAGACAAUGGGCGCGGUUUGUGCCAUUGUUUAUCUUUUAGCAAUCAUAUCCUUCAUCCCAUUUGCCUUCUACAAAGACAUUGUCGCGGCUACCUCUGGCGGAGGCAAUCGAGAUGUCGUCGUCGAGGUCCAGCAUGUCGAGACUGGCCGGAUGCUACACCGAUUCCCUCACGAAAAGCUGGCGUCCUAUAUGUCCGGUGUCCUCUCCCUACAGUGCAUUGCCAUCCUCGGCAUUGGAGAUGACCUUCUUGACAUCCGAUGGAGACACAAAGUCCUCAUUCCUGCAUUCGGAGCGAUCCCAAUGUUGAUCGUUUAUUUUGUAGAUUUCGGUGUCACCCACGUUGUUGUACCGGUUCCAUUGCAGCCGUACUUGGGCGCCGUUGUCGACCUCGGGUGGCUGUACUACAUGUACAUGGCGGCUGUGGCUAUUUUCUGCCCCAAUUCCAUCAAUAUGCUGGCGGGCAUCAAUGGGGUUGAAGUAGCCCAGUCCUUGGUCAUUGCAGUAUUGUUGAUCGUCAACGACCUGCUGUACCUUGCACCAAUCACCCCGUUCCCGCAUCCAGCCACAGACUCGCAUCUGUUCUCACUUUAUUUUCUCCUCCCAUUCGUUGGAGUGUCGACGGCCCUGCUCUACCACAAUUGGUACCCUUCCAAGGUGUUUGUCGGGGACACGUACUGCUACUUCGCGGGGAUGGUGUUUGCCGUCGUCGGCAUCCUCGGCCACUUCAGCAAGACACUACUUCUCCUCUUCAUCCCGCAAAUAUUCAAUUUCGUUUACUCGACCCCUCAACUGUUUAAGUUGAUACCUUGUCCUCGGCACCGGUUGCCCAAAUUCAAUUCCAUGACUGGGUUGUUGGAUGCGUCCGUGACGGAAUGGACCGUCCCACCUUCUCCAUUGAUCGCAGCGGCCUUGGAGCUUCUACACCGGUUACGGCUGAUGCGCAUCACGAGAAACGACAAGGGCCAGAUUGUGGAAUCGACAAACCUAACGAUUUUAAAUCUGUGGCUCGUGUGGAUGGGUCCCAUGAGGGAGAACCGGCUUGCGUUUCAUAUGGUUGUGGUUCAGAUCGUUUGCGGAUUCAUUGGUCUUUUCAUACGCCAUCGUCUGGCGCUCGUGGUGUUCCGAGACGAUAAUCGAGCAUUUGAUUUUGGAGUUUAG